AUGCUCUGUCUCACAUACGUUUUCGCGGCUCUGCUAGAAUUUGCGUGCGCCAAUUACUUAUCCAGACAAUCCGAGGGGAUACUUUAUGGCAGGAAGCUCAAGCUAAAACAUAUUGACCGCCUAAUUCGACGAAUGAUAUCUUGCCACUCCCACUCUUCAAAAACCAGCAUCAAGCAAUCUUCAGUCGAGAGAGUUGAAAAUGAAAAUGGAAGAGGUCCUCGCGCCCAAACUCAAACGCGAAUGAUGAUUAUGAUGAAUCCGUAUCCAGACUCAGAGAAGCAGGGCUACCAGACGAAUGGGAUCAAUCAAGUAGUCAGGAAACUGCAUGCUCCAAAGAGACAUAGGACUGUUCCUGCGCGGCCUGUCAAAGAGAUUCUAGAGGACACCCUUAAGGAAGACGUACAAGCUUCAAAUUAUUAUCGCACAAUGGCAAAAAGCCUUGACCGUACCUCUCGAUUGCUCUUCCCGCUUUCGUUCGGCAUUCUGUCACUGAUCUACUGGAGCUAUUUGUUCUACACGGACAAUUUUGAGAAAAUACUCGAGCUGACGGGUGGCACGGACACGUACCAGGCGUAUGGCGUGGAAUCGGAGAAAGAGCUUUGA